GGCGGCGGUGUGUGCGUGUGUUUUGAAAUCGAACGUUAAACGUCAGUAGUACGAAAGAGAAGGCAAAGCAGAGCAGACUUCUUCCAGGGGAUCGAAUCGUUGCGACAUUUCCUUUGUUCAUCGUUGGAAAAUUUAGCAGAAAAUAGUAGUUCUCUCGGUGAAAUUGUGGUUCCAAGUUGUGACGGAAUGAUGAAAUAAUUUCCCCUGGAACAGUUGCCUGGUGACACAGACCUUGUGUUGCGUUACCGGUUUGUUGGCGGCACCGAAUUGGAUUACUGCAGGAUUGAACGAAAGGCAUCGAAUCGACGGUCCGGCCCCCAAGUGGCGGAAUCUAAUCCAAGUGUGGUGUGAAUCUUAGACAGAACCAUUGAACAGUUUUUCACCCGUGCGCUUAAUUUCUGUCAAGUUGGUGUGUGUGUGUGUGCGCGCGUGUGUGUACCCGAAUUAAUUUCGUUGGUCAGUGGAUUUGCCAAGAUUGCCCCGCAGCUAGCGCACUUACAAAAAUUGCACCACGCAGCCGGGUAUGUUUAAUGGACACAGGGAGCCUUGCAAGCGUCGUCUAUGGCCGAAUCCGUUGGUAAGCAAGUGCUCUCUGCAGUGACGGAGGGGCAUCAUCAUCAUCAUCCAGCACAGCAACAAGCAAAACAGCAACCGAAGGACCAACAUCAGCGGAAGGACGGCAGCGCCACCACCAUCGGUAGUACCGGUAGCCAGCCGCAUAACAACAGUGAAACCAGACGCUCUAGAGCGGGAAAGUCGUCCAAGGGCGAAGUAGCCUCCGCAAAGCAAGAGCGUUCCGAUUCGGCCGAUAAAACAAACCAACCGCGCAGCAGCGUCAAACGAAAGCACAGCUUGCCACCACUGCCACACGGCAACUCGUCGGCAGAGCAGCCUCAUCCCUCCGUGAAGCGACAGUCAUUGAACUGUAAGGCGUCGACCGGUCAGCAGUCAGCGGUUGCUGCUGUUCCGGUGGCAUACCGUACUCGGUCUCGCACCACUUCCAAAGAGCUUGUGUUUACCGCGACCACCUCUAGCAGUACUGCGGUCGGUGCAAGUAGCACAGCUGAGCACGGGUUCGAUCUCAAGCAGCAGCAUCAGUUUCAGCACCAAGUAUCUGCAACACCUUCGAAGAUCGUGGACGUUCGUAACAAUCGCAAUAAAUCAUCCACCAAAGCAGUAGCGGUAGCAGCAGCAGGAGGAUCAUCUUCGAAAGUGGUAGGAGGAGGUACCGGGAUCGGUCCUCAUGAAAGUACAAGCAAUAGCACAGCAUCAUCCGAGCGUAAUCCACCAUCGGAACGUAGCAGUUCAUCGGCAUCGUCAAUACUUUCCUGCAACUCGCCGACAGUCGAAAGCAACACAGCAGGAGCAGAAGCUCAACCACCAAAGGCAAAGCGAGGGUCCACUGCUGGAGGCGCAAGCAGUCGGGAAGACAAAAGCGUUUGCAGCACUACCUCAUCGUUUGCAAGUUCGUCGCGCGCAAUAAGUAAGAACAAGCGUAGAAAGUCCGGCACCGGUAGCUCGUCGAAGCUUCUGCGCAAAUUGGCCGAUCGAAAGAGCUUACUUGCAGAAGAUACUAAAGUCGCGUCCAAGGUAGCGAUAAAAUCGGGCCAACGGCGAUCGAAAGGUGAUCGUAAGUGGCACCAGGAAGCGACCACCGCCGCUACACGCCCCUCAUCGUCUAACGCUACUUCAACGGAGCAACAGUCGACGGUAGAGACACUAACCAUUCGCAACUUGCGUUCACACCAGCACCAUCAGCAGCAACAGCAGCAGCACAUCACGCUAACUGCGACCGUAAACGAGCUAGGAAUCGUUACCGGUGCACAAGUAUCGGCAAACGCAGCAUCGGCUGCCUCCACACCGACGUCCUUUUCGGCUUCUUCUACUUGUUCGUCAGGCGGUGCGCAAGUGCCCAAAAAGCGCCAGAAAGUGGGGGGGGAUCACAAUAAUCAACACAACUACCACCACCACCACCAGCAGCAGCAGCAGUAUCAGCAGCAGCACCCGAAUCUGGGGGCAAGACUAGCGGCACGUAGUAGUGGAAGUAGUAGAGAGCAGCAGCAGCAGCAGCAGCAUCACCAUUUAGCAAACACAGUCAGUCUGCAGCAUUACCAUCAGCAGCCGCAGCAGCAUUUGCUAGUACACCAUCAUCAGGGCCAGCAGCAGCUGCCGCCGCAACACUACGCGCUACAUUCCCAGCCGAUUCCCCAAUUUUCCACCCAGCAGCAGCAACAGCAGCACUUUCAACACUACCAGCCGCCGCCGCACUUGCAACCGGCACAUCCGCAGCAGCUGCUUCACCAGCAGCAGCAGCAGUUUGGUGUGGGCGAAUCGAGUGGCCUUCAUUUGGCACCGCAGCACCACCAAUACGAGGCCGGUGGUACAUCCGCACAACAGCAACAACAGCAAGGGCGCAGCAGCAGCAGCAGCAGCAGCAGUGGAGGUGUUGCCGGUUUACUAAGACGCAGUUCUCGGGGCAAGAGUUCCCACUCAUCCGCAACCACGGGGUCUUGCGUUAGCUCAAAUCCAACCAACAAUCCCUACCACCACCAGCCACAAUCAGCGCAGUCCGGCGCGUCAUCAUCAUCAACAUCACGGUCCGGUAGCCAUCAUCAUCAUCAUCACCGCGGUGGUGGUGGUGGCAGCGGUGGCAGCGGCGGCGUACCGACCGGUUCUACUGCCGUGCAUUUCAGCAACAACGCGGCCACGGUGAUCGCGGGCUCAUCGAAGGGGAGUAGCAGCUCGUCGAAGGGAGGAGGAUCGAUCCUUUUGGCGACUAGUUUCGACGGAACAGUCGCGGUGGGUGGAGGAGGCAUUGGUGGUGGUGGUGGUGGUGGUAGCGGUGGUCCCUCUACCUCGAAUGCGAUGGCCAACGAUGGUUCUCGUAAUAACAACAACAACAAUAACAACAGCAGUGGCAACAACGAUGGAGCAAACUCGCACCAAUCGCAUCAGUCGUCGCAUCCGUUUAUAAAGCUAACGAAGGCCGCCCUGGGUGGGUCAUCGUCGGCCUCCUCCUCGGGAGGAGUGCCACCACAGCAUCAGUCCACAUCCUCCUCGAGCAUGGCGGACGUAAAUAUGAUGCAUUCGGCAGCUGGAACGGCCACCUCCGCCUCCGCAUCGGGAUCCGGAUCGGGUGCGGCCGGCAGUUCCGGUGCGCCGCCGCAUCCAGAUUCGGAGAGCGACGACAGUGAAGUGGGCCGACUGCAAGCACUGCUGGAAGCGCGUGGACUUCCGCCCCAUCUGUUUGGAGCGCUCGGACCGCGGAUGCAUCACCUGCUGCACCGGACCAUGGGAACCAACAGCAGCUCGUCGAAGGCACAGCAACUGCUCCAAGGAUUGCAGUGUCCGGACGAGAGUCAGCAGCUGCAAGCCGCCAUCGAGAUGUGUCAAAUGUUGGUAAUGGGCAAUGAGGACACACUGGCCGGGUUCCCCAUCAAACAGGUUGUUCCGGCGCUUAUAACGCUCCUACGCAUGGAGCACAACUUCGACAUCAUGAACAAUGCGUGUCGUGCGCUGGCGUAUAUGCUGGAAGCGUUGCCCCGCUCGUCCGGAACGGUGGUCGACGCCAUACCAGCCUUCCUGGAAAAGCUGCAAGUGAUACAGUGCAUGGAUGUGGCGGAGCAAAGUUUGACCGCCCUCGAGAUACUGUCCCGGCGCCAUAACAAAAGCAUCCUGCAGGCGAACGGUGUCUCGUCCUGUCUCACGUUUCUGGACUUUUUCUCCAUCAAUGCGCAACGGGCGGCUUUGGCCAUUACUGCCAACUGCUGCUUGAAUCUACACUCGGAGGAGUUUCAUUUCGUAAAGGAUUCGCUGGCGCUGCUCGCCCGGCUGCUCGCACAGCAAGACAAGAAGAGCGUGGAAAGCAUUUGUACCGCGUUCUACCGUUUGGUGGAUAGUUUCCAGCACGAUCAAGCGGUGCUGCAGGAGAUAGCCAGCAUGGAGUUGCUGAAGAACUGUCAACAGCUGCUCGUAGUAACGCCAUCGGUGCUGAACAGUGGCACCUUCACAAACGUGGUGCGAAUGCUAAGCGUGAUGUGUGCCAACUGUCCCGAUUUGGCCAUUACGCUGCUGAAGAACGAUAUCGCUUCGACGCUGCUUUAUCUGCUCACGGGAUCUGCCGACCCCGUCACAUCCGACGUUGAGCUGGUUCCUCGCAGUCCUUCGGAGCUGUACGAAAUCACCUGCCUGAUCGGCGAACUGAUGCCCCGUCUGCCAACGGAUGGAAUUUUCGCCGUGGAUGCACUGCUCGAACGACCGCAGCCAACGGUGCAGGAUGCGGUCCAGUGGCAAUGGCGCGAUGAUCGUGGCGUAUGGCGCCCGUAUUCCUCCAUCGAUUCGCGAAUGAUCGAGGCGGCACACCUGAACUCGGACGACGAGAUAAGUCUCAGUACGUUGGGGCGCACGUACACGAUCGACUUUCACUCGAUGCAACAGAUCAACGAGGACACCGGCACGACCCGGUCCGUGCAGCGGAAGAUAAACCAUCAGCUGCUUGCCCAGCAAGGUGCGGCGGCUGCCGCUGCCGCCGAGGCAGCAGCAGCAGCAGCGGCCGCUACGGCGGCUGUUAUCGUGAGCCCCGCUGCUGCGAGUAAAGCAGCAGCGUCAGCUGAUUGUAGCAAUAUGGAGAAUGCCGCAUCAACGUCGACGGCUGUCGCAGUGAUCGGAACGGGCUCGCUAAAUCUAGCCACACGGCCACCGAACGCGCAGCGUGAUGCGAGAAUCGCUUGCCUGAAGGAAGAGCGUGGAUUGGCCGCCGAAUUCAUCCGCAAUCUGUUCUCGGUGCUGUACGAAGUGUACAGUUCGUCGGCUGGACCGUCGGUGCGCUACAAAUGUCUGCGAGCGCUGUUGCGCAUGGUGUAUUUCGCGAAUGGCGAUUUGUUGCGCGACGUGUUGAAAAAUCAGCUCGUGUCAUCGCACAUUGCCGGCAUGAUGGCGUCGAACGAUAUGCGCAUCGUGGUCGGCGCAAUGCAGAUGGCGGACAUACUGAUGCACAAGCUGCCGGAAGUGUUUGGGAUGCAUUUCCGCCGUGAGGGUGUGAUGCAUCAGUUUAAACAGCUAACUGACCCAUCGAUACCGAUCUGCGCUGCGCCGUCUCCGAAAUCCACCGGAGGCACACAGAGUGCACCGGCAUCGGCUACACUUAAUCCGACGGGCGCUGGUGGGCAGACGUUCGACUUUGACAGCAGCGCCAUCGGGUCUAGCUCGAAAGCUACAGGAGGUCAAGUUGCAAUAGCGAUCACGGGAAACGCGGGUGGAUCGCACGUGAAGAACCUUUCGUCCGCGAUGAUGAUGGCGAGCAGUAAGAUGAGCAGCAGCAGCUCUCAUCACCAUCAUCACCAGCACCUUCCGCACCACCACCAUCAGCAGCCACAGUCUUCGUCUUUAUCGGCGUCGGCAGCAGCGCCAGUGCCGCCCGCGGGUACGAUGGCGGUGGCCGCCAGUGGCAGUCACAGCUACACCACAGCAUCAGCCUCUGCGUCGGCGAUUAACCUCAACAAAUCGUCCUCCCUGCGACAGCAGGCGGCAGCACAUCAUCAUCACCACCAUCACUUGAUGAACUUGAUGCCACACUCGGCCGUUGCUGGUGGACAUGUUCAGCCUCAGCCCACGGGUCAGCAUAUGCCAGUGGCGACGAACUUGCACCACCAUCUGCAAGAUGCCGGCGCGAGUGGUGCCACCGUGCAACCGAUGGUGCAACCCGCGCCCGGUACGUCCAUCGUAACGGCUACAGUCACGACGACGGGAAAUGGAAACAUUUUGCUGAAUGCCAUCUACAACUCUGCAGCGGCAGCUGCAAUGAAUCCGAUGAAUCACCAUCAUCAGCCGACGCACGCCAUCCCGCACCAUCAUCAGAGCCAUCAUGCGCAGCCACAGCAACCGACCGGUGCAACGGUGACACACAUCUAUCAGCCACCGCACCAUUUCUCCGACGCUUUCGUUGGCUACAGCGUUCCGACGAACGUGUCCGACCAGAGCAAUGUCGCACUGCUAACCGGAACGACCGUUCUUAGCUCCGCGGGCUCAGCCGUGGUCGGUAACAGUGGUGCCGGAAUGAUGCAGGGGAUGGUAGUGUCCCCGAGCAAUAGUUCCACGACGGCCGCUUCGAAUGCGUCGGUACACCACGCGUCGCACGAGGGCAGUAGCAGCAGCAACAAUUCUUCGGGUCAGCUGAAAAUGUCCGACAUUCUCAAGCGCAAGGUUCCACCGAAGCGGAAAUCACAGGGCAGCUCGAAGUCCAAAUCGCGACACGAUGACGCGCACGCUUCUGGUGGAGCAAGUUCUUCCUCCCAUGGCGCUUCGUCGCUGUCUAGCGGAAGCGGUAUCGCUGGUGGUGCAUCGUCAUCCGGUGGCGUUUCGUCCGUGAUGCAAGAAUUCAUCAACAAGGCAACAACCACUAUGGGAGCAAGCUCGUCGUCCUCCGGGCGUCACACACCUGCGUCCGGGUCGGGAUCUUCUCGCUCGCGAUUUACCGGUGCUUCGUCUAAAACGACAUCCUUCCUAGCGUCGCUGAACCCUGCCCGGUGGGGUCGCCAAUCGACGUCCUCUUCGGCAGCGUCCUCGUCCCACAACGCUUCUUCGUCCGGUGCAUCGGGCUAUGGGAAGGAUGGUAGCAGCGGAGGCAACUCGCUAAACAAGAGCCAUUCAAACUCGAACCUGAUCGCAGCCGGCAACCGGGAAAAGGCUCGUCAGUGGAUCCGUGACCAGGCGGUUCUGUUCGUGAAUCGCUACUCUGGUGCGGAUGCCUCGAGCGGAACGGCCGGUGGUGGUGCUGCGGGUGGAUUGGGCGGUGCUGCCGGUGCUCUCGAGCAGCAUCCCGCUUGUACGAUUCUGAUCCGGCUUACCGAAGCUAUUCGCAAGCUGGACGGUCGCAAGGACGAAUGUUUGAGCGCGCUGCAGGAGCUGCGGGACAUUUUGAUGGAAAGCGACAUAUCACCGUUCGAGGUGAACCACUCUGGGCUGAUUCGGGCGAUGCUGAACUACAUGGCGAACGAUGAGAAUCCGCUGGUCGAGCGAGCGAGCCGUUUGCGUAUGUUUUUGCACGUGUUUGCUGGACUGCCGAUAGAGGCGAACUACUCGCACGUGGGAGCCGGCUCGCCGGCCGGUAUGGACGGAGCAGCGUUCAGUGCGCUGGUGGCCAAGCUCAACGGAUGCGUCACGCAGCUCGAACAGUUCCCGGUGAAGGUGCACGAUUUCCCGGCCGGCGUUGGCGGUCGGUCCAACACAAGUGCUCUUAAAUUCUUCAACACACAUCAACUGAAGUGCAAUCUUCAACGCCAUCCAGAAUGUACAAAUUUGCGCCAAUGGAAGGGCGGCACAGUGAAAAUCGAUCCGCUAGCGUUGGUGCAGGCCAUCGAAAGAUACUUAGUCGUGCGUGGGUACGGCGGUAUCCGCGUGGACAGUGAGGAAGAUUCCGAAGAGGACAUCGAUAACAUCGAUGCGGCAGCCAUGAUAUCGAUGGGCGGGCUGAAACAUAAGCUACAGUUUUUGAUUGGCGAGCAUGUGCUGCCGUACAACAUGACCGUGUACCAGGCCAUUCGUCAGUACUCGCCGCUAGUGAACGAUCAGUCUGAGACGGACACCGAUACGGAAACACCGAUAGGAAGCGCUAGUAUCUGGGUGCAGCAGCAUACCAUCUACUACCGUCCCGUGGAGGAAGAAUCGAGCGGCUCAAGCAAGGGCGCGUCGGGAUCGUCGCGAAAGAAUAGCAAAAAUUCGUCGCAGUCGAAGCUGAUGCGCCGCAAGCCCGAAUUCUGGAUCGAUGGGCAGGUGCCUGCCAUUGUGUCGCCGCUAGGACCGUUUCUGGCUUCUAAGCUGCCGGAUGUAGUGACGGUACAGGACGCGUCGCUCGAUGCACUGUGCAUGUUGCGCAUCAUUAAUGCAUUAAAUCGGCAUUGGGCGACACUAUACUUUUCCGUGCCGCACAUACCGAUUGUUCCGCAGGCAGAGUUCAUUCAUUCAAAGAUUGCUGCCAAGGCGAGCCGUCAGCUGCAGGAUCCACUGGUGAUCAUGACCGGGAACUUACCUCAAUGGUUGCAACAGAUUGCGGUGGCCUGUCCGUUCCUGUUCCCGUUCGAAACGCGUCACCUGCUGUUCUACGCCGUCUCCUUCGAUCGGGACCGGGCGCUACAGCGUCUGCUCGAUACGACCCCUGAUCUCAAUUCGGCCGACACGAGCGAGCGCGUCACGCCACGGCUCGACCGCCGAAAACGGGCCAUUUCCCGUGAAGACAUACUGAAGCAGGCGGAAUCGAUCAUUCAAGACUUUGGGCACUCGAAGGCUCUGCUGGAAAUUCAGUACGAGAACGAGGUCGGCACGGGACUGGGGCCAACGCUCGAGUUUUACGCGCUCGUCUCGACGGAACUGCAACGCUGUGAUUUAGGCUUAUGGAACGAUAGUGAUAGCUAUAAAAACAACAACCAGCAGUCGACCUCGAUUGCGGACAACAUCGUCAAGUCGUCGAUGGGCGGCGGUGCGCUCGAGGACGCCAGCUUGGACACGACCACGACCGCCACCACGAUGACGCUUGUCAGCAUGACGACCACCACCCGGUCCUCGCUAGGAUCGAAUCGUGGCAGCGACGAGGCAGCCAACAACAGCGUCAGUGGCGUGAGCGACGACAACAGUAGCUUCAUCAUCAGUAACGACAAUUCGCUAAACAUGCUGAUCGAGCAGCUGAAUCCGCAGCAGGCCGAGCUGGAGAACAAUUCGACACCACCGCCGGCACUGCCACCGUCAUCGUUUGCCGACGUGGAAGGAUUGAUGAUUACGCCGCUGUCAGCGGACAGCAGCGCCACCGUUACGACGGCCGCUUCUGGCCAUGCCAUUUCGUACGUGAAUGCUCCGCGGGGCCUGUUCCCGAUACCGCUCAGCAAGACGGCGAAAACGUCACAGAUUUCACGCUUGAAGCACAAGUUUAAGUUUUUGGGCAAAUUUAUGGCCAAAGCGGUCAUGGACAGCCGAAUGCUUGAUUUGCCAUUCUCUAUUCCGUUCUACCGCUGGAUGUUGAGCGAGGAAAGUUCUCUUGGGCUGUCGGAUUUGGGUCAGAUUGCGCCGGAAGUGCAGAACACGCUGCUACGGCUGAACGAGAUCGUGAAGCAGCGUGACCAGAUUCAGGCCGAUCCGAAUCUGAACGCCAUGGAAAAGACUGAAAGGAUUGAAGCGCUGGAUUUGGACGGAUGCCCCAUUUCGGAUCUGGGACUCGACUUUGUCCUGCCGGGUCAUCCCAACAUAGAGCUGCGAAGAGGUGGACGCGAUAUGGCGGUGACGAUCAACAAUCUGCACCAAUACAUUUCGCUUGUCACGCACUGGUUUAUGGCCGAAGGCGUGUCACGGCAGUUUGAAGCGCUUCGCGAAGGAUUUGACACGGUGUUCCCGAUGAAUCGACUGCAAAUGUUCUACCCGGAGGAACUGGAAAACGUGUUCUGCGGUUCCGGCAUCGGUGGAACGAACCAGCAACGGUGGGAUGUGCGAAUGCUGUCGGAAAGCUGCCGGACCGACCACGGAUUCAGCCAGGACUCGCCAGCGAUUCAAUUCUUCUACGACAUUCUCGCAACGUACAAUCGGGACGAGCAGCGUCUGUUUUUGCAGUUUGUUACCGGCAGCCCACGGUUGCCUACUGGCGGCUUCAAAGCGCUCACGCCCCCGCUAACAAUCGUGCGCAAAAAGAUGGAUGGCAAUCAAAAUCCGGACGAGUAUCUGCCGUCGGUGAUGACGUGCGUCAACUAUCUGAAGCUGCCGGACUAUUCGAACCGGGAGGUGAUGCGUCAAAAGCUGAAGAUGGCCGCCAGCGAGGGAAGCAUGAGCUUCCAUCUGUCGUAAAUCGUUGCGUGCGUAUGGGUGUGUGCGUGUGUGCGGCACAUGUUUUCUUCUAAAUGCGCGUUUAUCAAAAAUUUCACAACACAAAUGCAGAGUAAAAAAACAAAACGUGCGGCACGUUGCCAUGGAUACGAUUAUCUAAAUUUCUAUUCCUUCUGUGUGUGUGUGAGAGUGUGUGCGUGUGUGAUAGCUAAAUGAUCGUGGCACUAAACUGCAAGCCCAGAAAAGCUCCCGGAAAGAGAGCGAGAGAGAGAAAGAGAGAGAGUCCUCACCGAUGGACAAUCGAACAUCAGGGUUGGGCCCACUAUCGCUUGUAAAUAAUCUUUUUUUCGAUUGGGAAGAGUCCUGAUACAUACAACACACACACAUACACUUUUGAAUAUAUAUAAAGCUCACUACAAAUCUUAAAUAAUAAUGGGAUAAUCCUUAGUGAUAGAAUUGAAGUUGAAUAAACGACCGAUAAGGCAAUUAAAGCAUAUGCAUAACUCACUGCUGAAUAUGAAUAGCGCCUAUAUAGCCGCAAGAAUAGCGGAAGAGAGAGAGAGAGAACCACAUUGGUCUGUCGCUCGGUCACAAAUUGGGAAUCGCGGCACUAGGCAAGCGAUGAGCUAUUUAUGUGUUUGCGUGUUAAGCUAUAUCCUGUAGAUUGGCGCAAUCAAGUGUGUGCGUGUGUGAGUGUGUGGGAAGAAAGCGCUCUUGUUUGCAUCCAAAAUGACGGAUAAACGAACUGGCAUAACAAAACACACAAAGCUGCACACAGUAAGGAAAAGCGAAAUGCGCGAAUCAACCAAUCAACUAACAAUACUAUCAAUAACGAAAAACUAAAUAAGGUUAAUAUGGUAGCUACCGAAUGUUUUGCUGCAGAAAGUGUGAAGCGAAGGGUUAUUUCGAUCGUUUUCUUUUAAUUGCAUCUCUAGAAGGAGCCGUUGCAGUUCCGACAAAAACUGAUUGGCGUGUUUAUGGGGGGCAGUUCAAUGAAAUCCCACCGCGCAAAGAAGGAAGAAUUGAUUGUGUUUAGGUAGUUUGUUGGAGGACAGCACACCUGAAAGCGAAGCGGAAAACGAUGUGAGGAUGUAAAUUGUGUUUUAAGGAACAUUCACGAAUGCGUUCUACUCCUAAGUUUAUGAAUAUUUCGACCUGAAUUCAGUGUCCAUAGGAAAACAUUAGAUCUUUUAAGCUCACCAACAAAACGAAUCAUAUUUUUUUGGGUUGUCCUAAACUUUGCUGUGAAGAACAGAUUCCCUAGCCUAACGUACACACACACUAAUGCAUCCUUGUCCAUUGCCGGGAUCCACUUAUCCCCCAUGGAAAGAUCAGCUGUAUAAACAAAAAACCCACGUGCAUAUCUCGGCACAGGACACCACAAAAUUCUAACCCCCCACGAAAGAUAAGUGAUCGUGUAUUCGAUAAACAAUAUUCGUUGGUAGUGUGUUUAAGAGCAUAUUCAGCCGCAGUAUCGAUAUACGUAUAUAUAUAAUUCUAGAACUAAUAAAAAUCGAUGGUCAUGUGGUAAAAA